AUGGCUGAGGAAGCAAUGGAAUAUAAUCUUGACGGGCAAUUAGAGCAUCAUGUUGCAGAACAGCCUGUUCCUGCUGAAGUGGUCAGCGGCCAAGGGGGACCACCCCUGCUCCAGCCUCUACCUACUGAAGUGGUCAGUGGCCAAGGAGGACCACCCCUGCCCCAGCCUGCUCCUGCUGAAGGGACCAGCAACCAAGUGGGACUGCACGUGCUCCAGCCUGCUUCACAGGUGUCUGUUGACCUGACAGAGGAAGUGGAGCUGUUGGGAGAAGAUCGUGUGGAGAACAUUAAUCCAGGGGCUUCAGAGGAACAUAGGCAGCGAUCUCAUGUUAACCGCCCCAUCCCAGUGUCUUCAUUGGUUUCAAUGAACACCUUCAUCAGUGGACUGCAGAGACUUCAUGGCAUGCUGGAAUUCCUGAGACCCCCUUCAGACCACAAUGUGGGACCAGUGAGAUCGAGGAGGAGGAGGGGGUCCGCUUCACGCAGGUCAAGAACCGCAGGGUCUCAGAGGACAGACGGUGCCAGGUCGAGAGCACCAUUGGAUGCUUACUUUCAAGUGAGCCGGACCCAGCCUCAUUUGCCAAGCACCUCUCAAAAUUCGGAGACCAGGAAUCCUGUCUCUGAAGACUUGCAGGUCUCAGGUAGUUCCGAUUCUGACAGUGAUAGCUCUACAGAGCCCGAAGAAAUUGUUGUCCAGGCGGAGGAAACCAGAGCUGUUGUUUUAGAAGAACAAGUAGGAGGUACCUCAGCAGAGCAAGAAGUUACAUGUAUUGGUGGAGGAGAGACCCACCCCAAACAGUCUCCCCAGAAGACCAGCCCUCUUCUACCUUCUGUUUCUAUGGAUGAUGAAGAAGGGGACACUUGCACAAUAUGUUUUGAACAUUGGACCAAUGCUGGGGAUCACCGACUCUCAGCAUUACGCUGUGGACACCUCUUUGGGUAUAAGUGCAUUUCUAAGUGGCUCAAGGGCCAGGCACGAAAAUGUCCCCAGUGCAACAAGAAAGCCAAGCACAGUGACAUCGUUGUUCUUUAUGCCCGAACCCUGAGAGCUCUGGACACUAGUGAACAUGAGCGCAUGAAAAGUUCCUUACUGAAGGAGCAGAUGCUGAGGAAGCAGGCCGAGUUAGAAUCGGCGCAGUGCCGGCUCCAACUUCAAGUCCUCACUGAUGAAUGCAGUAAGCUUCAUAGUCGUGUCCAGGACUUGCAGAAGCUUAUUGUGCAGCAUCGGGAUCAGAUUUCACAGUCCCCCGGGGGCUCCCAAGCACGUUUCCUGAACUGCCUGCCCUCCAGCCAGAACCAGCACAAGUACCAUUUCCAGAAGACCUUCACAGUGUCUCAGACAGGAAACUGCCGCAUCAUGGCAUACUGCGAUGCCCUGAGCUGCCUGGUGGUGUCACAGCCUUCUCCUCAGGCCUCCUUCCUGCCAGGCUUUGGUGUUAAGAUGUUGAGUACUGCCAACAUGAAAAGCAGUCAGUACAUUGCCAUGCAUGGCAAACAGAUCCGCGGACUGGCUUUCAGCAGUCGGUCCAAAGGCUUACUGCUUUCGGCUUCCCUAGACAACACUGUUAAACUGACCAGCCUGGAGACAAAUACAGUGGUCCAGACUUACGAUGCUGGUCGCCCUGUCUGGAGCUGCUGCUGGUGUCUUGAUGAAAGCAAUCACAUCUAUGCUGGACUGGUCAAUGGUUCGAUCCUGGUGUAUGACCUUCGAAACACGAGCUGUCAUAUCCAGGAGUUAGUACCCCAGAAAGCCAGAUGCCCGCUGGUGUCCCUGUCAUACAUACCCAGAGCUGCCUCAGCUGCAUUUCCAUAUGGUGGGGUAUUGGCUGGAACCUUGGAGAACGCUUCCUUCUGGGAGCUCAAAAUGGGCUUUUCUCAUUGGCCUCACGUGCUGCCCACGGAGCCAGGGGGCUGCAUAGACUUUCAGACAGAGAGCAGCACCCGGCACUGUCUUGUGACCUACAGGCCUGAUAAAAAUCACAACACUUUACGAAGUGUGCUGAUGGAGAUGUCCUAUAAGCUGGAUGGUGCUGGAGAGCCAGUCUGUUCCUGCCAUCCUGUACAAACGUUCCUUGGGGGACCCACUUGCAAACUACUGACCAAAAGUGCCAUUUUCCAAAACCCAGAGAAUGAUGGCAGCAUCCUGGUGUGUACUGGGGAUGAAGCAUCAAAUUCUGCCCUGCUGUGGGACGCCGGCAGUGGCUCGUUGCUUCAGGAACUGCAGGCCGAUCAGCCUGUCUUGGACAUCUGCCCGUUUGAGGUGAACCACAACAGCUACUUGGCUACCUUAACCGAGAAGAUGGUCCACAUCUAUAGGUGGGAGUGA